GGGAAAGGGAACAAAGGGAAAGAGAUAGUGGUUGGGGGAAGUGGAACAAAAGCGUCCAACACUAAAUCAAAAACCUAUUUCCUUGAAAAUUAUAAAGUGCAAAAUUUGAGUGGUAAGUGCAAUGUGAUGAAAACUAUGAUGUUGGGAUUAAAAGAAGGGGAGCACGUUAAGGUACAUUGCACUAAAAGGACAUUCAAUAUGGAAAAGGACUUUGAAAUUAGUGUCACCGUUGAAGACACCGAUCAACUUCUCUCGGGAGCAUGGCUCAAUAUAUCAAUAAUACAAGUUUUUGCUACGGCUUUGAGUGAGUUGUGUUUUCACGAUGAUUGUCACCCCAAUAGUAUUGGAUUCAUGUGCCCGGAGAUGAUCUCGGCCACCAUGUUAAAGUCCGAUGCAGAUCGAAUUCUAUUGUACAUGACGAGGUCCAUGAGUGCACUUAGUUCUAAGACAUUCAUCUUAUGUCCAUACUACGAAAAGAGUCACUGGAUGCUUUUAGUUCUUUGCUUGUCUAAACGUGAGGUCUACAAAUUUGAUUCUCAACAGAAGAAGAGAAAUUUGAUGAUUAAGGAGCCACUAAACAAUGCUUUUCGGAGUUACAAGAGACUAGGUGGACAAUCUAAGGGAACUAAAUUAACAUGGAUUCCAGCACAGUGUGCUCAACAACCGGGAUCACUAGAUUGUGGCUACUACGUCAUGCGUUUUAUGUACGACAUAAUAAUGAAUCAUGGUAAUAGUCAAGAUCUUACUAAGGAUUUUUCAAGAACAUUGCCUUAUUCAGCGGAGGAGAUUAAUGAGGUGAAAGAUUUUUGGGCAGAUUACUUCAUGAACAAUGUCGAAUUUUUAGCUUAAUUUGUAAUAUGAACUUGAUCUCUAGCUAGCUACGUACCUUUGUUGUAAUAAUUUUAUGUUUGUUGUAACAUGUUGGUUGAUCGAUCUAUGACGAAUUUAAUUGCCUUUUAUUGGGAACGUUAAUUACGUUGUAAACUUUUGUGACAGGUAUUAAUUAUAAAUGUAUUCCCGGUAUUGGGAAUGAA